AUGCCAGACCACCAACCCAUGAAGGAUAGGUUAACCCUCGCAUUAUGCGCCAAUGCAACCAUCAACUGCAAGAUUAAGCCGCUGCUCGUUUAUCAUUCGGAAACACCAGAGCCCUUUAAGUCACAUAAGAUUCCGAAAGAAGUGCUGCAGGUUAUGUGGAGGUCAAACCCGAGGGUGUGGGUCACCUGGCAGUUCUUUGUGGAGUGGGUGAAUUUGGUCUUUGGUGCUGACGUUAAGGAAUAUCUCCAGGAAAAUAACCUACCUCUGCAAGCCCUUCUCGUCCUGGACAAUGCACCUGCUCACCCACCUAACCUUGAAGAUGACAUCCUUGAAGGGUUUAAGUUUAUUAAGGUUCUCUACCUUCCACCCAAUACAACCCCUAUUCUGCAACUCAUGGACCAGCAGGUAAUUUCUAAUUUCAAGAAGCUCUUUACCAAGGACCUGUUCCGCCACUGUUUUGAGGUGACGGAGAGCACAGACCUCACCCUUCGAGAGUUCUGGAAGGACCACUAUAACAUCGUGAUAUGCCUUAGAAUUAUCGAUAUGGCCUGGCAGGGUGUUACAAAGAGGUCCUUGACCUCUGUGUGGAAGAAGUUGUGGCCUGAAGUUGUGUCUGAAACGGACUUUGAAAGACUCGAACCUGAAGUGGCAGUGGUGGAGGAUAUUAUAUCCCUCGGCAAGUCCAUGGGCCUGGACAUAGAUGAAGGUGACAUCAACGAGCUCAUCGAGGAGUAA